GAUCCUACCCGACACAUCCUCUCUCUUUCUCUGCUCUCUCUCUACACAGUCUCUCACUCUAUCUCUCUCUCUCUACAGUUGUUUUCAAGUAAUCUUAACUUUGCCAAAGAAUCCCUUUUCUUCUCUUAACCCUUUUCAUUGUCCUCUUCACUCUCUCCUCUGUUUUUAAUCUUCUCCAUUGUUGUGGUUCUUUGAGAGGAUCUGUUAAGUUUUGGUUAAAGAAGGAUAUUGUUGUCAAAGAUUCAAGAUUAGUUUGUGUGUGGUUUGUUGGGGGGUAUUAAAUGGAUCAUAAAGCAUGGCCUUGGAAGAAGAAAUCAAUGGAGAAAACGGUUGUAGAAAGCAAUGGAGAGACUGAGAAGGUUGUGGCUGAGAAGAUAGAGCUAGAAAAUCGCGUUAAAAGUCUGAAUGAUAAGCUUACCUCUGUCGAAGCUGACAGUAAUAAGCAUGAGAGUGCGGCACAAGAGGCUAUUGUUGGCUGGGAGAAGACAAAAGCUGAAGUAGCAUCUCUCAAGAAGAAACUCGAAGAAGCUUUAAAUGAAAAACGCAGGAGUGAAGAAAGGUCGAGUCAAACAGAUGCUGGUCUAAAAGAAUGUAUGCAGCAACUUCGUUUUGUUCGCGAGGAGCAAGAGCGAAGGAUGCAUGAUGCGUUGACAAAAACAUCACAGGAGUACGAACGGAGAUUGGUUGUUGUAAAGACGGAUUUGGCAGGUACUGGUAAGAGGCUUGCAGAAGCAGAAGGCGAGAACACUCAACUCUCAAAGGCUUUGUUAGCAAAGAAUAAAACUGUUGAAGAUUUAAACAGAGAGAGGGAUCGUAUCGAGGUUGAUUUCAAUGCUUUAGUGAGUAGUUUAGAGUCGAAGGAAAAAGAAAACGUUUCGCUGAGAUAUGAAGUCCGAGUGCUAGAGAAAGAGCUCGAGCUUCGGAAUGAAGAGAGAGAGUUUAGUCGUCGAACAGCUGAAGCAUCACAUAAACUGCACUUAGAGAAUGUGAAGAAAGUUGCAAAGUUAGAAUCAGAGUGCCAAAGGUUAAGGAUACUUGUCAGAAAACGGUUACCAGGACCUGCUGCUCUGUCCAAAAUGAGGAAUGAAGUAGAAAUGCUGGGAAGGAGAAGAGUCAAUGGAAGCCCUAAUAGUCCACUGAUUGAUUCCGAAAAGAUCAAUAACCUCUCUGAGCAAUUAUGCUUACUGGAGGAAGAGAACAAGACUCUAAGGGAAGCCUUAAACAAGAAAGUCAGUGAGCUUCAGUUCUCAAGAAAUAUGUAUUCUCGAACAGCGUCUAGACUACUAGAAUUCGAAUCUCAUGUUGAAGAAUCUUCUAAAGACACAAACAUUGAGUCAAGACGGAGAAGCAAUGUGUCAUGUGAAGUCUCUAUUGCAUCACUAUCAGAAUUUGACAAUGAUGAUAAAGUUAGCUGUGCUGAUUCUUGGGCUUCUGCUUUACUUUCAGAGCUAGACAAUUUCAAGAACAAGAAGCAAAUGGGCUCGAGUUUGGUUGGAACCCCUAAAGCUUCAGAGAUGAAACUAAUGGAUGAUUUUGCUGAAAUGGAAAAGCUUGCAAUGGUUGCAAGCACUAUCGACAACCGACCUGGAAGUUCUCAUAUUUGUUCUUCUGAUUCCGUUUCAGCUACUGGUCCGGUAGAGAACGAAUCUAAUGAAACUUCAUCAGAGACAACGAAAACUCCCGGAACAGACUUUUCAUUAAAUCCUGUCGCAUCUCCCCAAGAUGAUUUAAUGGGAAUAUUACCUCAAUCUCUUCAUGUUGUCGUGAAAGCGAUAAUGGAGCACAAGCUUCUCGCGCAGAGAAACACUGAUGAAGUACUUGAAGAUAUCAGAAAAGCUAUGUUAAGUGUAAACCAUUCAACCUCCUCUGUGAUAAACCAUCAGGAGACCAAAAAUCUCAUUGUGGAUGAUAGAGUAGCUAUGGAGUGUGAUAUCAGCAAAUCGAUUCACAGUAUCAUUGAAAUUAUCGAGGGAGUCAGCUUAAAAGAUGAUAGUCAUGUGUCCAAUGGAGAAUCUGAAAGGCUUUCAGGAUACACUGCUCGCGUCUUGCAAUGGAAAACUACAGAGCUAAGUAGUAAACUGCAGCGAUUUCUUCAUACGUGUUACGAUCUAUUAGACAGGAAAUCAGACGUGAAGAAGUUUGUAGAAGAGCUAAGCUCUGUGUUGGAAUGGAUAGUGAACCACUGUUUUUCCCUUCAAGAUGUUUCCACCAUGAGAAAUGAGAUUAAGAAGCAGUUCGAGUGGGAUGAAUCACGGAGCGGAAGUGAAGUUGAUAUUGGAAUAUUUCGUCAGGUUUCAGAAGCAGAUAAGCUCAAAAUAGAAGAUGUUUCCUCUUUGGAUCGCAAGAAUCAGUCAAUUGAAGACAAACCUGGCAAUCAAAAGUUGCCAAGCAAUAUGACUGAAGAAGAGGCAAAAGACAAGACAGCAAGUGCUGCAGAGAACGAGCUCAAGCUGGACGAAAAACAAAACAUGCGAACUGAAUUGGAAAUCACUGCUGCUUCAGAGAAAUUGGCCGAGUGCCAAGAGACGAUUCUAAACCUUGGAAAACAGCUCAAGGCAUUGACUAACUCAAAAGAAACAGCUUCACUUUCUGACAAACUCAUGUCUGCUGAAAACUCAGACAAUCAAGCUGGUGAACAACCUUCACAAGAGACAAAACCAGAGAAGAUAUUGACUACCCAGAGAUCAUCUCUUUUAGAUCAGAUGAAGGCAGAAGAUCACGACACCGGGGAAUUAACGACCCAGAAACCGCAAGCAGCAGAGAAAAAUGGAAAGGGAGGCAGUUCUGUUUACAAUGAAACCAUCGAGGCAUUGGAACAUAUUCUUCUCUCUGACAAGAGCAAAGGCGCCAACACAAACGGUUUCGCCAUUGUUCCUCAGAAAAAGAGCGGUGGAGUUAAGAGCCUCUGGAGAAAGCUGUUGGGGAGAAAAAAGAAAGGUCAGAGUAACAAGCUCCCUAUUCCAUUUGCCACCUAAGAAGAUGGUCUCAUCGAGACUAUAAUCUAAUACCUUAAUCCUGUUUCUCAAUAUGGUCCCAAACUAUGCAAACUACUAAACUGUCAUCUUCGUAGAAUUUUUUGGCAGUAUAUAUAUAAAUCUCCACGUAGAUUUUUACCAAAUAAGAUGAUCAUGCUAUUUUAUUUUA